AUGUCAGAGGAUUUCCAAAAUCCACCAUUCCUUGGAAAUUCAGAUUCUCCUCACCUCUCUCUUCCUCUAGUGAGCAACACAGCUUCCCUAACAGGCAGUGUCUGCAAUUUCUCCAGGGUCCCUGCUCCAGCUGUCAGUUCAGCAUGGCUAUCACCAUCAGCCUCUGGCACCUCAUUCCAACCACUCAUGAGCAGUGCCUGCCUUAACCAACAUGCUCGUGCAACUAUGUUGUCUAGAGGAGCUGGCCAGAGCCAGAUCUCUGUCUCAGCUGCUUCCAAUCCUGGUACUUUUGAGUGGGCUAUCACAGGAGGCUCUAAAAAGAAGUCAUCAUUACUCAGAGACUUCACUGUGACUGUCAUUGACCAGAACACAGCUGUUUCUUCCAUGUCUAUGGCAUCCCAGUAUGAUACCACUUCAGAUGCCAACAACAUGACCUCUCUGUAUACAUCACUUUCUACCCAUCUUGUUCAGGUGGCACCCUUUCAGAUUCCUAAUCAGGGACAUAGCCUGUCACUCCCCUACCAGGAAAGAAGUCAGGGAUAUUACUGCAAUCAAGGCCCAUUGGGGCCUCUGCCAUCUGGAGAGCUCAGCCCCUACCUCCAAUCCUACGGCUCUGUUGUUUCUUACACGGAGAGCAGGGCCUCUGUCCCUCAACCUGAGUUGGUCAUGGUAUUAAAGGAGAUUCAGCCCACAAAUAUGAUACCACCAGCCUCCAUGUCAGGAAUCUACUCUUCUGUGUCUGCUCAACCUACAACACAGACAAGUUUUCAAGUGAUCGAUAGUUCCCUGGGGAUAGAGACCUCCCUGGGACUGCAACCUCCAAGCCAAACAUUUUUUCUACCACAAAAUCCAGAUUUCCCUAAGUCUUGCACAAGCAAAAAUACCCAGAAACCAGAGAGCAAUCCACCAUCUGUGUUUGGGGACAUUUCAAUAGUAGUUUCAGCCCAGAGUUCUAGUAAUCUCCUGGCACUGCCUUCAUCUCCAAGCCAAGAACAGGAAGAGAAUAAGAAUUUGGAUGAUAUUAACAACAACCUUUCAAAGCCUCUCGAUGCCUACCAUUUUCCAAUAGGAAUCCAAGAUUCUCCACUGCUCCCCUUAGAAGUGCCUGAUAUUCACCAGCUCCUGGCUAGCAUUGAUCCACUACUCUCAGAAAAGCAGCCUGAUUGUGAAAACGAUGAUCUGGGAAAGAAUAGCCUGAGUCUUAAAUACAGUCCUAAAAACAAAGAGACACUUGAAUAUGGGACUGAAUAUAGUGAUAGCUUUCCAGACAUUGCUACACUGGUGGAGGAUAUUCACCUUCCACAGGUCUUAAAUUCCUUGGAUGACCUUGAUCAAUCCAAAGGUCCCAAGGAGGGCAAGAUAAAAAAUACCAGAGCCCUCAAGUUGAACGAGCUACAGGAAAACUCAAGUGUCAUUAAAGCUCUUGAUCAAGCUAGGAAGAACAAACAUAAAGCCUCUGAGACCAUCAGUGGAGCUCCCAAGGACAAAAUCAAACGUGAGAGCCCAGAUUGUGCGUGCUUGGGAGAGGCGGGUAUUUGCAACACUGCAUCCAGUGAUGGAGCCCCUGAGAGCACAGCCAAGCAUCCUAACAGCAAGCCUCAGAAAGCUGCAUCCAGCAGGAACAGAAAAACUAAGAGUCAUGGGCAGGAAAAGAACAAAAGAAACAAAGACAAUUCCAAGAAAGCCGGAGAAAGUAGGCAGUCAGGGAAAAAACUCAAGACAGAAGAGAAGUCAACAAUUGCCAAGAUGAAGAGGAAGAAAAAUCAGCCUGAGUUGACCCAAGAGAACUUCAAAAAGCCUCGGACUCACCUAGGUAUGCAAAUGCUGGAGUCUGUGCAGGUGUUUCAUGCACUGGGGAAGAGGCUUGAUAAGAAAACUGAACUGUCUUCCUCCCAGGUCUUGGGAAACUCAAGCAACCCCAUAUGCCCCCAGUCACCCCCACUUACCAAAAGAUGGCUGGAUAACUUGAGUGAAGGCAAAGAUCCAGAGAAAACUCAACUCACAUGCCAGAAACCAGAUGGCAGCGCUGAAAAAGAAUGUUCAUCUCCAUCUCAGUACGAGCUGCCACCUCCUGGCAAGGUCAAGUUGGUACCUUUGCCUUUUCUUAACUUGGACAAGCCUCAAACUCGACCAGUUCCUCGCAGGCCACUGAGUCUGGCAUCACGUCGCCCUGCUGUGGCCAAUCCUGGUCAGCCUGGUUCUAACUCAGCUCAACCUGAAGCAGUCAAUUCAUCCAGACCAAUUCCUGCACCUUUGACAGGACCUGCCAGACCAGCUUGGUCACUUUCCACCAACCCAUCUAGACCAGGUCUGACCAACACUACCUGCUCUAGUGUCCCUCAGUCUGCUGCUCCAAGGCCUGCCACCUCCAAAACAUCAGCUUGCACUUCUUCCCAGAGGGAGCCCAUUAGAAUUGCUGUGACCAAGCCCCUGACCCCACCAAGGCCUCAAAACCAAUAUCUACUCCAGGAUUUUGCCCUCCAACCAAAUCCAUGGAAGAAACCCACUGUCCUUGGGCCAGUCAUGUCAAAGCCCAUCACAAAUGAGCAGAGGCCAGAGCGGGAGGCCAUGAAGAGGAUGGCUCAGCUAGAGCGUGAGAAUGCUGCCAAAUGCACCUCUCUGGGGAAAGUGCAGUAUUUCAUUGAAAGGGAAAAAGAAAUGGAAAUUUCUCGAUACUAUGGUUAUGCAAUAUGA